UUUUCAAAUUUCAAGUUCAAAUGCGAAUUCUAACAUAUUUUUUAUUAGAUUUCAUUAAGUGAAAUUAUUUUAAAUAAAAUUCUGAACAAUUAGAUAAUGGCUUUAAAUAAAUUUAUGCAUCCUCGUAACAUUUAUAAAACACCUCCUGAUUUUUCAAAUUUAGCCAAAAAGUACAAGGAGUUCUCUGAUGUUGCAAAAGUGGACAUUACUGGAAAAGUGAGCAUUGACUUCAAAGAUCCACAUGCAUUGAGGGUUUUAACCAAGUGUUUGUUAAAGUCUGACUUUAACCUUGACGUAAAUAUUCCUGAAGAUCGUCUGGUACCAACACUUCCUUUGAGACUCAAUUACAUUUUAUGGAUUGAAGAUUUAUUGAUUGCAAUAAAUAAAAAUAAUUCUGUAUCAGGCAUUGAUAUUGGAACUGGAGCAUGUGCUAUAUAUCCUUUAUUAGCUGUUGUGAAAAAUAAAUGGAACAUGCUUGGAACAGAAACAGAUGAAGCAAGUCUAAUGAAAGCAAAAGAUAAUAUUGAAAAGAAUAAGUUACAACAUCUUAUUAAAUUGAAAAAGAACAUGUCAACAUCAAUAUUUGAAUGUGUGUUUAUGGAUGACAAUGACCAAGUUUUUGAUUUUUGUAUGUGCAAUCCACCCUUCUAUACAAAUAUACAAGAGUUAUUGGAAUCUCGUAGCCCGGCCAGACCUGCACCGAAAAAUGGCUUUACUGGAUCUCCACAUGAACUUAUAACUGAAGGUGGCGAACUGCAAUUUUGUAGGAAAAUUAUUGCAGAAAGUAAGAUUUAUAAGGACAGAAUACUAAUAUUUACAACAAUGGUUGGUCACAAGUAUAAUUUGAAAGAGCUUAUAUUAGACUUGAAAGCAGAUAGCAUUGAGCACACAACAACUGAAUUUUGCCAAGGGCGUGUGACAAGAUGGGGCUUAGCUUGGACAUAUAAAGAUUAUCACUUUUCUAAUUUAGUUGUACCAAAGCAUAAAUCUCGCAAGAAGAAUGCACCGAUAGUUAUAACAUUACCAGACUUACCAGGUCCUGAGAAUGAUAUAAAUAAUUGUCUAGAAAAGAUAAAAGGAAUACUAUUAGAUUUAAAAAUUAUGUUUAAAGUUAUUAACAAAAGACGAAACGAAAUAACCCUAAGUAUUAUUGCAUAUAAUAAUACUUGGUCUAACCAACGGCGGAAAAGACGACUUUCAAAACAAUCAUCGGAAAUCCAAAGUAAACAACCUAAACAAGAUUUAGAAAUACAAGAACCGCAUGUAAAUGAAAAAUUAAAACAUAGAGAUAUUUCAAAUGAGGAACAAAUUUCUGCUUUGAGACAUACAGAAGUUGCAGAAGAAAUAAUUUCUAAACCGUCAUGUAUAAACAAAGAUAAACAAGAAAUUAUUGUUCAUGGUAUUAUGAAAUUCUUUAUGAAAGACAAUCGACCAAAUGUCGAAUUGGAAUAUUUGAAUGGAAAAGCUGGAAAAGAAGGAUUACAUCAAGUAAUACAGUAUAUAAAAAACAAUUGGAAAUAAAUGUUUAUAAA